AUGUGUACCAAAUUUCGAGAACUGUCGGUACAAGAUCGACACAAGGUCGCAGUGGACAAGCGCCUCUGUUUCAACUGCCUAGGGCGCCACAGCGUCCGAUUAUGCAAAAGCCUGAGAGGAUGCAAGAAGUGCUCAGAACUCACCUUCGUUACGGAGAAUCUCAUUCGACAGCUCAACAUCCCUCGUCAAUACUCAGGUAUUUUCAUCACUGGAAUUGGAGGCAACGAGUAUACUCAGACACGAGGAGUCGUGUCGCUCACUUUACGUUCAACACAUUCAAACUCGACUGCCGAAGUCCAGGCUCACAUUCUCAAGACAGUUACAUCAAUCUUACCAUCCUUUGAAACGGAACCGGAAGAAUGGCCGCAUCUCAAACACUUGGGAUUAGCCGAUCCUGAAUUCCUCAUUCCGCGGCCGGUUGACAUCCUCAUCGGAGCGGACGCCUACGGGCAAAUCAUCAAGCCCAACAUCAGAUGGCUCGUUCUUGGACCAGUUAACAAGAAGACAACAUGCACAUCAACGCAUCAUGCUACUAUUCAAUCCAACGAAGAUGCUCUUAAUGAGUUGUUGACAAAAUUCUGGAUUCAAGAGGAGGUGCCUACUCAUGAUGUUAAUCGACUCACCCCUGACGAACAGAGAUGCAAGGAGCACUUUAAAAUGACACACUCUCGCGAUCCUUCAGGGAGGUAUACCGUCCGGAUUCCACUUAAGUCACCAGCAGAUCUUUUGAGUGAUUCCUACCACGCCGCUCAUCAAUGUCUUAAAGGAUUACGCAAGCGACUCUCAAGGGAUGCGAGCUAUCAACGUCUUUAUCAACAGUUCAUGACUGAAUACGAAACACUCAACAUGACGAAGGCACCAUCUAUCUCCAGUCAUCGCUCACAUUUUUAUUUGCCGCAUCAUGGUGUUCUCAAGCCUGACAGUACAACAACGAAACUGCGGGUGGUUUUCAAUGGCUCUAGCGCAUCUACAUCAGGAUACUCUAUCAACGACCUCAUGUAUACUGGAGCAAAACUGCAUCUGAACAUCUCAGAUGUUCUAUUGUGGAUACGUAGACAUCGUCACAUUUUCGCCACAGACAUCACAAAGAUGUACAGGCAGAUCAAGAUUCACGAGGAUGACUGGGAUUUACAACGGAUACUAUGGAUAGACGAUCAGCUCAAUGAAGUGCCAUAUCACCUAACAACCGUCACUUAUGGGACAAAGGCCGCACCGUUCUUGGCUGUACGAACUCUGCUACAAUUAGUAGAAGAUGAAGGACAUAGAUUUCUACUGGCUGUGCCAUCCAUCACUCACGGCAGAUAG